CAUUUGUCGCCUUAUCAACCACAGCAACAAGUAUAUCCGUAUUUGAAUCAAAUUGCGUACAGAGCUCCAGCUCCCCUCGCUCUUCCUCCUCCUCGUCCUACUCCUCUUCUAUCUCCAGCUGUGCAGCAAUAUACUCCUGUAGCAGCAGCAGCAGCACCUCAACCAACGCGUUACUACAAUCCUCUGGAUCCACUGGGACUGUUUAAUAAUCCGCUUGUCACAGCAGUAAUAACGAAUCAGUGUCCUGGGCAUGAGCUCGAGACUGCAUUCAACUGCGCCACAGCCAUGGCGGACCAUUCGGAAUGCUGUAUCAGGAACGGUAUUGGAUCAUACAACGGUGGUCGUUGUAUGGUAUUCUGCACCACGCAUCUCGGCAAUCCCGGUAACACACUACAGUACAUUGAUUGCCUGCAGGUGUUCGGCCGAAUCAAGAACUGCUAUCGAGAAUAUCACUUAACUCAUCCCAAUCUCUUCGGUGAUUUUUAA